AUGCGGUGUCAGAUAAGCUUUGAGACAGACACAACCUUGUGUCAUGGCCAUGGUGGCGGCAUGCAACACAAAUUGGCGCUGCUGGGCCAGGGUCAUAGGCCUCUCUUGUUCCUUGUUGCAACGCUAUCUGGCCCAGACUCGACGAGGAUGCUGUAUGCAUGCCUUGGAUGCGUCGAAAUCCAUUUGCGAGCCCCAUGGUAUUGGAUGCAGGCCGGCGACUUAUCACACAAGAUCAUCCGCUCGCACCACAACUCCUAUGUUGAUUCUCCUGGAUGGAGUUUCGGCCUUCCGUGGAAACUGAGGCGGAGUUUCCAAGCGAUAUUCUGA